AUGUUAAUUAAUAGAAAUGAGAAUGAGUAUUUGCGAGAAGAGAGGUUCUUUCUUCCACAACCAUUGAAGAAACCGUUCAAUGAAGAUCGUUUGGACGGUGGUUAUCAUGGCUUUAUUAAGGAAUGGGAGAAGAAAAAGAAAACAUUUUUGUUGUUUUUUAAAGAAGAAAAUAAGAACGUUUCUAAUAGUGACAAAGUAGAACAAGCAGCAAACGGAAUCAUCUUCGAAGGAAAUCGACUAGGCGAAAACUGUGAAUCACAAUGGAUUGCCAAGCAAUUGAGAAUGGUGAAAAAUGAGACCACAAAAGAAAUUCGUAAGUGUUGCAUUAAUCUAUAUACUAAAGAAUGUUUUCUAUAUAAAUUAGUUAAUACAACGUUGAGAGAAAAUCAUAAGACCAAAGUGGACACGCUUGGCCCAUUCUGCUACUUUUUAUUUGAUUCGUGGUCAAAUGAUUUGGAGAAUCAAUAUAAACUGGAAGUGUAUCGUGGUGCCAGUCUUGAUCCAGAAAUGAUUGAAUCUUAUAAAGACGCCACUGGUACAUACAAGUGUUGGUAUGGGUUUUCUUCAACAAGUAAAAAUCGUCAUAAAGCAGAACAAUUUGGAAAUGCGUUAUUUGUUAUUGAUCUGACAAAAACUAAGGGAGGGGGCUUUGAUAUCUCGUCAUAUUCAUGUUACCCAGAUGAAGAGGAAGUCCUUCGUCCUGCUGGAGCAGAGUUUAAAAUUAUCGAAGUUCAAGCCGACAUGGAACAAAAUAAACACUGUAUUUAUUUAAGUGUUAUAAGUGACCUCGAUAAUGAAUGCUUCUCUGAUUUAAGCGAUAAAGAUUUAUCAGCAGAAGGCGCACGCGCAGUAGCUAAUGCAUUAAAGAUCAACAAAACAUUGACUGAGCUUUAUAUUUCGAAUAGUAAUAUAUCGAAUGAGGGCGUAGCAUCCAUCGCUGGUGCAUUGAAGAUCAGCAACACAUUGACCAGGCUUAAUAUUGCGGAUAAUAAUAUAUUGAAUGAAGGCGCAACAGCCAUUGCUCACGCAUUGACGAUCAACAAAACAUUGACCAGACUUAGUAUUUCGAAAAAUAAUAUAUCGAAUGAAGGCGCAACAUCCAUCGCUGAUGCAUUGAAAAUCAAUAAAACAUGGACCGAUCUUUAUAUUUCGGAUAAUAAUAUAUCAAAUGAAGGCGCAGCAUCCAUCGUCGACACACUGAAGAUCAACAAAACAUUGACCGAUCUUGAUAUUUCAAAUAAUAAUAUAUUGGAUGAAGGAAAAAGAGCAAUUCAAGAUACACAGAAAUUUAAGUAUCGUGAUAUCCACCAUUAG